AUGCUCAGCCUGUGGUGUCUGGUUUUAGUCUCCUGCCUGGGCCUGAACGAGGGCCAGGUCUCGCGCUCGUAUCUGCCGGCACCCAUGCCCAUCAUAACCAAACAGUUCUACAGCAUUUCCCCCGCCGAGGAGCCCGAAGAGCUGCAGCCACGCACCAAGCACCUGGUGAUAGGACAGCCAAGGCGCAACUAUCGCAUCAUAUUCAUACGGGCGCCCAGUGCCAGCAGCGAGCAGCUGAAGUACACCGCCGAGCUGGCGCCCCAGGAGGAGCGCACUGUCAUCUAUGUGCUGACGAGGAAGUCGCAGGAGCUGCAGGCCGAGGACAUUGUGGCGCCCCAGCAGCCGGCGGCGGCAGAGCAAAAGCCCGACAUUUUCUUCAUCAAGUACAGGACGAACGAGGAGGCGGCCGCCGCUCAGCGCGAGAUUCAGACGCAGUACGACCAGCUGGGCGGCAACACCGAAAUAUCGGCACCCUAUGUGGCGCCCAUACGGUCCGUAAUUGGAGCCCUAAGCGCAGCCCCCCAGCGGCAAUCUACACCAACGGGCACUGAUAGCAGCGACAACGGUGGCGGGGACGGGGGCUAUCACUAUCAGCGACCCCAGACCCUGCCCCUGUCCCUGUCCAUGCUCGUGGCGCCAGUGAAUCGUUGA